AUGAAACAUAAUAAUCUGCUCGAUGAACUCGAAUCAAUGAAGAAUUCAAUUUCAGAACAACUGUCGUUACGCUUAUCUCGAUUGACAGAAUUUUCAAGAUCCAAUCAAAUCAAAGUUGAAGAAAUGAAAUCUUCUCUAUUCACUACACAACAAAGUAUCUUGGAUGAUGUUUGUAUGGCACAUAACUCAAAUACGUUGUCUGCAAAUCAUUUGAAGGUUAUGAUGCAUACUACUUCACAUAAUCAUGGCGAACUGAAAGAAGACGUAGGAAGUUGUUUGGAAAAUAUUUGCAAAAGCGCGGAACAGUUAACUUGCAGUGGUCUUGGUGGAAAUCUCUUAAAAAGGGCGUCGAUUUGA